UGGCAACCCUAACACUUCUGAACUCUCUCCAGCUCAUUAACAUGCUUCUAAAGAACUGGAGACCAUAACUGCACUGCAUACUCAAGUAACGCAUGUGCAGUAAAGCGGAAAGCCGGACUUUAACGAAAAUGCGUCUGCCCUGGGAAAUGUGAAAGCCUAAGAAGCAGGAAGAAGAUCUUUCUGUGGUGCUCGCUAGAAAAACCCUGGGCUGGAGCGGUUUUCUGCUUAUCAGAGCACAGGCCCAUGGUGGUGUCAGGUAAAGUAAAAAUGGAAAAUGGAGUCCACAUCCCCACAUCAAGGAUCUUUCUAUAAAUCAAACCUGUGUUCUCCUGACUCUCCAAAGGAUACUGUUCCUAAGCAGCCUAUGAGUGCAACACUAAGAGAACGGCUCAGAAAAACCCGAAGGUCUUUUAAUGCUGCAUUUUCGGUGGCAAAACGACUGAAAGUUGAUUGUGAAGAAAAUGAAAGUUCUUCAGACUGUCCCAAUAAUAAUUUGCCACCACACGAAGACUCCGAACCGAAUGCUACAAAAAUCGAAGUUGAUCUUGUUUCUGAGGGAGACAUCUGCAGAUUAGACAGCCGGACUUCAUCUGAAGCUUCCUCGCCUGUCCGUUGCAAGGAUCACAAGCAGCUGCUUCAGGAAAAGAAGUUACUGCUGAAGAAGUUGGAGGAGCAAGAAGAUACUUUGAGGAGAUUGAAAAUGGUGAAGCUCUACAGAGCUAAGAACAAUCUGUCUGAAUUACAGUCUCUGAUAGAAAAAUGGCGGAAGAGCAGCCAGCUGUCACUGUAUGAACUUCAAGCAGCUUUAAUAGCCGAGAAUAACAAGGUCACUCUCUCACAAUUAAUAGAAAGCUACGGGCUGGAUGAAAACUUGCUGCACUAUAACAGAACAGAAGAGGAUUUUCAAGAUCAGUGACCUCAUUCUGCACUAAUAUCAAUAAAAAAGGACUAAUAGAAUUCUUUCAAAGAA